GCCAGCAUGACCGAGUCCACGGCACCUAAUGGCGGCAUCGCGAAGUGCAUGAACGAACCCCCGAUCGAACCAGGUCAUGAUGCAGCGCCUGAGAUAGAGAUCAGGAAGAAUGCUGUUCGAGAGGAGCCUUCUCCACCAAAGAAGAAGGUUCGACGAUACAAGAAGAAGACGUCGGACCGAGGGGAGUACGUGAAAAUGUCAAAGAAGGAGAAGGAGGCUGAAGCGCGAGAAAAGCGACAGUACUUUGACUACCUUGAGGCAGAAGAGCUGCAGGAAUACCAAUACAUGGCCAUCAUCAAGGAGCAAUUGCUCAAGGAGGCACAUCCCGACGUUGCUCUCACCAAGCCGGCGAAGAGAGCACAAAAGAAGAAGGCGUCCAGGACAAAGGCGGCACCACGUUCCAAGACAAAGAAAAAGCGACCUCGCAUCGACAAUGGAAGCAGCGAUUGGGAAGAUGGAGAUCAUUUCCGCGUGGAUGACUCGGAUGACGUUGUGGUUGUCAAUGUCGUUCCUUCGCAGCCAAAGUCUGCAUUCCCCAUCUGCAUUAACGACGACGAAGAUGCAAUGAGCUCAAAACGUACGCGAAAGCAACGUCCCCAACAAGCGCAAACACAAACCUCUGUGGCGACCACAGUCUCCGAGCAACUUCAAAGGCCAACGCAGUUCCGUGUCGGUGUCGUCAAGAAGUCGUAUCACCACUCGCAUAAAAUCUCGUUUGAGCUGACUGAGGAGGAAUACUCCGUCCUUCUGAACAACGUGAGCCUGCCAAAAUGCCCUGGAGUUGCUGGCAUUCUCAAGGGACAGUUCCCACCUGCGCCCUCCGAAUCGCUCUGCCCCACUUGCCACUCCAUGAUGUUUUUGUACCAUUGCCAGCAAUCCAUCAUCAAUCCACCGACAACAUAACGAAGGCCACUUUAUAAACGAACACAACUAAGACAUGUAGCACCAUGGCCACGUCAUCCCGUCUCCCCUGCGACGAUGCAGCGCAGCGCAUUUGCGAAAGUGAACUUAAGACGAGACGAAAGGCACGAAUGAUGGCGCUGCGGACACCGAAU